UGUGAAUCUAAAAGUAUCCAGCAACUUGCAAAGCAUUUGUUUUCAAACAAUUUUUUUCCUGUAAUAAUUAUUCCUACACUUUGUUGUAAUACUCCAUUAUAUCUAUUUUACUGCCGUCAGGUCUUUCCUGAUAAACCUGAGGCUGCCCAUGUUACUUCUCAUGCAAAACUCAUGCGUUCUACUGAUCGUCCAGUUUAUUAUGCUCACAUCAAAGGUGCCUGAAAUCAUGAAGCAGCUGCCUCCAGAUACUGUGCGGCUGCUGUCCAGCUGCCAGGUCAUCACCUCUGUGUGGAACGUGGUGAAAGAAUUGAUAGAAAACUCCCUGGAUGCUGGGGCUUCAAGCCUUGACGUUAAAUUGGAAAACUACGGUUUGGAUCGGAUAGAAGUGCGUGACAAUGGCCAUGGAAUCAAAGCUGCAGAUACUCCUGUGAUGGCCGUGACACAUUUCACUUCAAAGAUCUGUAGCCACGAGGACCUGGAGCGACUGGAGACAUACGGCUUCAGAGGAGAGGCACUGGGCUCCAUCUGUGCCGUGGCCGAGGUGGCUGUCAUCACGAAGACAGAGGAGGAUGACAUCAGCACCCAGUACACGCUUAGCUUCACAGGGGAGAUUGUUUCACAGAAGCCGUCUCACGUAGGUCAAGGUACAACUGUGAGUGUACUGAAGCUUUUUAAAAAUCUUCCAGUGAGACGGCAGUACUAUUCGUCUACCAAGAAGUGUAAGGAGGAACUGAAGAAAGUGCAAGACCUGCUAAUGGCCUACGCCAUUAUAAAACCCAACUUAAGGCUUACACUCAUUCACAAUAAGGUGGUGGUUUGGCAGAAGGCCAAGGUGGCCGAUCACAGAAGUGCCCUCCUCGCUACACUGGGGGCCAACGUUGUUGCCAACCUGCUCCCUUGUCACCAUCACCAAGAGCAACCAGAGAUUGUUUUAGAUGGCUUUUUUCCAAAGCCUGGAGCGGAUUACUGUUCUACAAGUUCAUCUAAUCCCGACAAAACAUUCAUAUUUAUCAACAACCGGCCGGUCAUCCAAAAAGAUAUAAUGAAGUUGUUGCGUCAACACUACACCGCUCAGUAUCCAGAUGACCUGGCCCGAAACCGCUAUCCCACCGUCAUGCUUAAAAUUACGGUUCCACAAAACUCAGUCGACGUCAAUCUGACACCUGACAAGACCCAGGUUCUUCUUCACGACAAGGAGGCUGUGCUGACCGCAGUGGAGGUAUUUCUGGUGUCUCUCUAUGGCUAUCGGCCCACUGGUGACCCCGCAGCUGAGAAUCAGCUCGGCCAUGACGCAUCCCCCUCACCGUGUAGUCCUUCGCAGACUGACACUUCACAACCGGAUAAUGAACAAAGUGUAGAGAGGGAUGAGAGUCUCACCAAGCACCACAGGAACUUCCUCAACGAUGCACCUAAGCAUGGUGACGCAGCUCUGUCAAGCGCUGAUGCUUCAGUUGACCGCCAGACCUCAAACGGCAGCUCCUCAUCCUCAGUAGCAGAAGACUGGAUCGUCAACCAGAUCCCAGCUGGGCUUGAGUCAAACCUUUCUCUCUAUGAUGAUGAAACAGCCCAGAGCUGCACUCAAACAGCAGAAACAGUCUCAGCAAGCAAAACCCCUGAGAGACUCGAGGACAAAGCAGCGAGCAAAGACCAGAUAUCGGCUGAAGACUGGAGCCGGGGGACGGCUUUGACCGACCCCGUAUCACGAGAACCCCUGCAGCCCGUCAAGAUCCAUCAACCCCCAAAGAACAAUUCUUCAGACUCCGAUGAUAUCAAGAGUCAGAGCAGCUCAAACAAAAAGAUGUUCAACGCCAUAACGGAGAAGCGGGUUGCUCUGACGGCCUUCGACCUGAUCCGCAACCGCGCCAUGAGGGCACCGCUGACUCCCGCAGCCCUGUUUGAGAAGGAGGCCAGAGUAGACGUCCUCAGGGAGAAACCUACAGCCAGCCUGCAGGAUAUCAGCGUCACCGUUCACGAGAGGUGGAAAAAUCUGAGGGAGGAAGACCGUAAGAAGUAUGAGGAGAAAGCAAAAAAACACCUGGAGCACCACGACCAACGGACCAAGUUGGCCUCUGCUGAAGGCCCCAGAGAGACAAGUGCGAGCACCUCGAGGAGCCAUGCACAGGGUCAGAAACGCAAGGCCCCACUGUCCAACCAGCAGCUACUGGACGAGCUCUUCUCUGCACAGCCCCAAAAGAAGAUGAGGAACCCCGCACCGAAGCCCUCGCAGCCCCUCCCCUGCAGCGUAGCUGCCCUUCGGCUGCAGCUUCAGCGCCUUUCAUCCCAGAGCAGCGCAGUGCCACGGGGCCUCCGUCUUGUAAACCGGCUGGCCUCUCAGAGCGCCUGGGUCAUUUUAUGUGGUCAGAGGCUCAUGUUGUUAAACCCAUUUCGAGUGGAGGAAGCCUUGCUGUUUAAGAGACUCCUGGAGAAUAAUAUACUUCCAGCAGUGAGUCUGCAGAACCCUAUACCGUUAACAGAUGGAAGUCUCGGGGGAGCUGGAUAUACUGAGGCUUUGUGCAACAUGGAGAAACAAAGCCCAGAGCUACACGGUGGGGCCUUCUUCUCUGAUCCCAGGCUUGUGGCUAAUGGCUUUAAAAUCCAACUCACUCCAGGCCUAAUGUCAGCGGAGAGACAUCUGGAAGUGACGGCAAUGGCAGACUGCGUGCCUUUCCUCGGUGUGGAGGACCUCAGGGAGAUCCUGACUGCAGUUCUUCACAGGAAGGCUAAGACUGUGCAAGAGUGCCGGCCACUUAAAGUCACAAACUACCUACAAGGUGAAGCAGUACGACUUGCCCGUCAGUUACCUACAAAUGUAUCUAGGGAAGAUGUGGAGGAAACCCUUCUACGGAUGGAUCAGCAGCUCGGAGAGAGCAGCCGGGCCUGCAUCCAUGGACGACCAUUUCUCCAGCACCUGUCUGACAUUCCUACUACAGACCAGGAAGCUAAAGCGCUGCUGAGGCCUUUAGAGCUUUAAGAAGAAAACACCUUAUAUCUAUGGAACAGCUGUCUCCUUUUGAUGCAGCUGAUUAUCUUCAAUGUAAACGACCUGAUUUGUUUCCGUUCUGCUCAAAUGUAACAACAUUGUUACAAACAGAAGAUAAAAAAUAAAUGUUUCCACAUUUUGUGCUU